GGUUCCAAUACGGACACAAAUAAGUGUAGCAUCCACGGUUUCCUAGCAACCAAGGUCUCCCUGACAGAAUGGCAAAACUUGUGCUCGCUGGCAAAGCAGACUGUCCACAUUACGCCAAAGCGGAACUCUUAUCUGACAGACUACAGCGAUCUCUUCCUGACUUCCGGAUUCACAAGAUCUCCAUUCUCCCACAUGAGUGGCGGAAAUGGCUGGAGGCCACCUGCACCAGAAAUGGCUGGAAACAUGAGAGGUCCCCCCUGGUUUGGAGGGAACUUGUGCACCAAGGGGGGAAAGGGAUGCUGUUGGGGGGCUUCAGUGACUUCGUAGAGCACUGCCAGGACUACUACAGCAUCACAUCAGACAUGCUUACGGAUUCAAUGCUGGCGGUUGCAGCAGAGAAUCUGGAAACCAAGAUGAAUAUUAUUGCAGAGGAGCAACGUUGUCUCAAUCGCAUUGAACCCCUUCACAUAUGGAUCAGUAGCGCUCUCAACCCAACCUGCAACUUCCUCAUCCCCAAUCUGCUCUCUGCUGAGGUGUUCCCCCAUGUCUCCACAAUCAGCCUCCACCUACUGGACUUGAAGGGGAAUGAGGAGGGAUUGCGGGGGCUGAGGAUGGAGACAGAGGACCUGGCACUCCCUCUGCUCCAUCAAGUGUCUAUUCACACAGAUCUGGAUCAGGCUUUCCAAGGAGCGGAUGUCAUUCUACUGCUGGAUGAGUGGUGGUCUGAUGACGGUGAUGGGGAGGAGCAGAAGAAAAAUGUCAAGGGGAUGUCUGACAGGUACAUAGAGUACGGACAACUGAUCGACACAAGGGCCAACAAGGAGGUGAAGGUCAUUGUGUCUGCUGACUCAUUUGCCAACUGGAGAUGCUCACUUCUUUUGGAGCAUGCAUGCUCCAUUGACAGCCACCAAUUUAUCACCAUGGCAACUCAAUUAGAGAAUGAAGCCAAGGCCAUCCUCGCAACAAAGCUGAAAGUGAGGACUUCAGAUAUUAGAAAUGUCAUCGUGUGGGGAAACAUCAGUGGUAGUUUCUACAUCGACCUGCAGUGGACGAAGGUUUUCAACUAUGACGGGGCAAUCAAAGGACCAGCUUUCUUUUCCCAGCCAGCUCUAAAGCUUCUACACCAAAGGAAAUGGUUGGAGACAGACUUUCAAGACAUGGCACGUCGUCGGCGUGCGGAAGCGGCUUCAAAGUCCUGCCGAGCGGCCUCCAUGUCGGCCGCCGACGGGAUCCUCGCCGUCCUGGCGGCUUGGAACGGCGGCUCCGAUGGGGUCUUCUCUGUGGGUGUACUUUGCCAAGGCGAGUAUAAUCUCCCAGACGGCAUCGUCCUCUCACUUCCAGUGAAUUUCACAGGCGGCAAGUUGGGCGUGCUGUCCGAGGCGACCAUCGGAGACGAGCUAAAGGAGAAACUUUGUUUUUUUGCAAGGGAGCUAAUGCAGGAAAAAGAACUUGGAUCAGAGGUUGCAGAGCAUGGAUUGUUAUAAUCGAAGAAGACAGUGGAUGCCUUAAAAUGAUCAAAGGAAAUAAACCAGAUACAUCUUCGUGCGACAA